AUAAUUGCCAAUCAGCACCAAUGAAUGCACUUGAGGUUGAUGUAAUAGUGAUAGGGGCAGGAAUUUCUGGGCUCACUGCUGCCCAUACUCUUCUGAAGAAAGACCCUGGGCUGGAUGUCCUUGUGUUGGAAGCAAAAGAAAGAGUGGGUGGUCGGACUCUGACAGUGGACUUGAAGAGUCGAGAUGGCACAGACAAAUGGGACCUUGGAGGACAGUGGGUUGGCAGAUGCCAGCCACACAUCAUGGCCUUACUGGAGGAGCUAGGUAUCGAGGUUUACCCACAACACAUUGAUGGGCGGAAAUACAUGCAGGUGGGAUCUAAACACCGGGUGUCCAGUUACCUGUCCGACAUCCCGUCUCUACCUUUUCUGGGCCUUUUGGACCUAAAUAGAUUGCUCAAACGGACUGAUGAGUAUUCAGGGGAGAUAAGUCCAGAAGAUCCAUUCUCCUGCCAGCAUGCCAUGGCGUGGGAUUGUCAAACUCUUGAAAACUUUGUGGACUCUACAAUCUGGAGUACAGAUGUUAAGGACCUUAUGCGUUCAUGUAUCCGUACAAUGCUGGGGGCGGAGCUAUCCCAGGUGUCCCUACUGUACUUCCUGUCCUACGUGGCGUCUGCAGGUAACAUCAGGAACCUCAUUGAGGCCACGGAGAACACUGCACAGGAGUACAAGAUCAAGGGUGGUUCCCAGCAGAUUUGUUUCAAGCUAAUGGAGCGGAUAGGAAAGGAGAAAGUGAGACUUGGAGAACCGGUAGCCUCUGUGCAGCAGUCUGGAAAUGUGGUAACUGUGACAACCAAGACUGGCCACACCUACACAUGUCACAAGCUGAUUCUUGCAAUACCUCCUAUGCAAAUGAGCAAGGUUGAUAUCCACCCCAUCUUGCCAGUUGACACAAGGGAAAUUACUAAGAGAAUGCCACCUUCAAAUAUUAUCAAAUUUAUCAUCACUUUCUCACAGGCAUUCUGGCGAACAGCUGGCUGCUCUGGUGAGGUUGUGAGCAAUGGGGGUCCUACAACGUGCCUUGGAUGUGAGAUGGGGCCAGUAGGUAUUGUGUACGACGCCACCUCGUGUAACCAGCAGCCUGCGCUUUUGGGGUUUAUUGGGGGACUGCAGGCUGUACAGUGGCAGAAACAGUCGUUGGAGAGUCGGAGAUCAGCUGUUCUGAAAAGUCUUGCAGAGUUUUUCGGAGAUGAGGUGUAUGCAUACUUAGACUUCCAGGAGAAGAUAUGGGACAUUGAACCCUUCAAUGAGGGCGCCCCAGUGAGCAUAGUGGGGCCAGGGGCCAUGAGGCACUAUGCACCGGGGCUCAGAGAAUCAUUUGAUAGGAUCCACCUGGCUGGUACAGAGUCGGCCACUGUAUGGUGUGGCUUCAUGAGCGGAGCUGUGCAGGCGGGAUGUCGCGCAGCUAUUGAGGUCCUCUACGACCUUCGACCUCAACUGGUUACUGCUUCAGAUGUGCAAACGUUGCAGGCUGGUCGGCGUAGGAACUUAACCAAGGCGCGACAGUUUUCUUUGAGGAUCGUCAAGUGGACUGUGGGGUUUGGAGUAGCCACCGUGUUUCUGGUUGCAGCCCGCAAGUUCUUUUUUAGUUCUUAGUCAAACUGAAGCUGUGAUUCAUGUAUGUUUUUGAUUUUAUAAUGUUUUGUAGAUUUUGUUUGUUUUCAGAAUUUGGGUGUUAAAAAAACGUAGGUGUCUGUUUUUGAGGUUUAAAGUUUUGUAAGUAUAUUUUGAAGAUUUUUAUGCCCCCGGACGAAUGAUCGGGGAAUAUUGUUUUUGGCCUGUCUGUCUGUCAUUCUGUCUGUCUGUCAUCAAAACUUUAACCUAAAACUUUAACCUUGAUACUUGGCAUGCAUGUGUAUCUCAUGGAGCUGCACAUUUUGAGUGGUGAAAGGUCAAGGUCAUCCUUCAAGGUCAAAGGUUAAAUAUAUGGCUUCAAAGCAGCGCAAUAGGGGGCAUUGUGUUUCUGAAAAAAACACAUCUCUUGUAAGCUCAUCUAUUUUUUUUUUUUUAUUAUGAGCUAUUGUCAUCACCUUGGCGUCAGCAUCGGCGUCCGGUUAAGUUUUGCGUUUAGGUCCACUUUUCUCAGAAAGUAUCAAUGCUAUUGCAUUAAAACUUGGUACACUUACUAACUAUCAUGAGGGGACUGGGCAGGCAAAGUAAGAUAACUCUGGCGUGCAUUUUGACAGAAUUAUGUGCCCUUUUUAUACUUAGAAAAUUGAAAAUUUUGGUUAAGUUUUGUGUCUAGGUCCAUUUUAUUGCUUUCAUACUUGCAACACUUACUAACUAUCAUAAGGGGACUGUGCAGGCAAAGUUAUGUAACUCUGACUGGCAUUUUGACAGAUUUAUGUGCCCUUUUUAUACUUAGAAACUUGAAAAUUUUGGUUAAGUUUUGUGUUUAGGUCCACUUUAUUCCUACAGUAUCAAAGCUAUUGCUUUCAUACUUGUAUCACUUAUUAAAUAUCAUAAGGGGACUGUGCAGGCAAAGUUAUGUAACUCUGAUUGGCAUUUGGACGGAAUUAUGGGCCCUUUAUACUUACAAAAUCGAAAAUUUGGUUAAGUUUUGUGUUUUGGUCCACUUUACCCCUAAAGUAUCAUAGAUAUUGCUUUCAUACUUGGAACACUUGCAAACUAUCAUAAGGGGACAGUAAAAGGACAAGUUGCAUAACUCUGGUUGUCAUUUUUUGUGUUUCGAUCCACUUUACUUCUAAAGUAUCAAGGCUAUUGCUUUCAAACUUCAAAUACUUUCAUGCUAUCAUGAGGUUACUGUACCUGGCAAGUUGAAUUUUACCUUGACCUUUGAAUGACAUUGACUCUCAAGGUCAAAUUAUUAAAUUUUGCUAAAAUUGCCAUAACUUUUUUUAUUUAUGAUUAGAUUUGAUUGAUACUCUGACAAAACAAC